AUGCAAGUGUUUUGGGAUACAUUAGUUAUGUGUUCCUUAGGAUUUCUCGUUAUGACAAGUAAAUUACUCGCCGAUGCAGCUUACAGUUCUUUAUGGUACAACAUGUCCCUCAGUCAAAGUAAAAAUAUAUUAUUCGUAAUUAUGAGAUCUCAGAGAAAACUGACUCUCACAGCGGGAAGGAUGGCUAAUUUAUCAUUAGAAACUUUUACGACUAUCAUGAAAGCGUCAGUGUCAUAUGUGUCUGUCUUCAAUGCAAUGUAUUAA